AAAAACAAAUCAUCAUCUACGGCAAAUUCCAAUGAUAAUAAUAAUCAUCAUCAACAGCAGCAACAACAACAACAAGCUGCAGCAUUAAAAACAAUGUUUAACAAUGUAAUGGAAACAAUGGAUCGUUUUCUUGAUACUGAAGAUAAUCUUAUUGUACAGGCAUUAAUGCAAUUAGAACAACGUACAAAUAUAUCGAAACGUUUUUUAGCACGUAUAUUAUUAAUAUUAAUAAUUGGCUAUCUAAUAUUUAGCUAUACAUUUUUGGAUACAUUAUCACGUAUUAUAAUGUUUCUUUAUCCAUCAUAUCGUUCAUAUUAUAAACUUAAAUAUUGUUCACAUUUACAACGUGAAGAUCUUGUUGAUCUGGUCAAAUUCUGGAUAUUCAUGUCAUUCUUUAUAACUGUUGAUCUUUUAUUUGGUAAUCUAAUACCAUUAGGAUUUUUUAUAAAAGGAUUAAUACUUGUACAAUGUGUUAUACCACAUAAUCCAACGGCAAUACAUUUUGUAUAUGAAAAUAUUAUCAGACCAUCGUAUGCAUAUCUUGAAGAAAAUGAUUAUAUACGACAAUUGAAUCAGUAUUUACAGCAACAACAAUCAUAUCAUCAUCAUAAUCAUAAUGAUCAAUUGGAUUCUGAUGAAUUUCAUGUACGAUGAAAUUUAAAGAUUGAACAAACUAAAACAGAACAAAAAAAAAUGAUAAAUGAAUUUUUGCUCAUUCCAUUUCCAUAUGAUGAUGAUGAUUGUCAAAUUUUUUUUUAUAUCUGAUUUUAUAGAUGAAUUUUUAUAUUUCACUGAUAUGAUCACACUAUAUGUUACAUUUCCUUAUUUGUUUAUUUUUCUUUCUAAUAAAAAUUGAAAUGAGAAAAUAAAAA